GGCAGGACGAUUGAGCUGGACUUGCAACCAACAUCUUUGUGAUCUUGACAUACUGCCCAAGAUGUCUUCCAUGAUCACAUCCACAGCAUGGGUGCCUCGCGGCCACGCGGCGGCUUUCCCAACAAAGUACAACAUGGACGACGAAGAGUACGCGCGAAUCGCGAAGCUGGCGAAGCUCGAAUUGGACGAUGCGAAGGACGAUUUGGAGAAGGCGAGAGAGUCGCUCAAUAAAGUCAACAUGGGCGAGGUCACAGAAGAGGAGGCGAAGAAAGAGAUUGAGAAGGACGACAGCGAAAGCGACGACGAUGAUGAUAUCGCCAAAGACGACGACCUGGCCGAGUACGACAUGGAGCACUAUGAUGACGAACCAGAUUUGCCAGAUGCAGAGGAGGAGGAAGAGGGGAACAACGGCAUUUUCAGCAACAUCAAGGCGCUGGCAUAUCAUGCAGAUGGGGAGAAAGAUCCAUAUUUGACACUACCGGAAGGUGAAGCCUCGGACGAUGAAGAGAGGGAAGAGCUGCAGAUUCUGCCCACAGACAAUAUGGUUUUGGCAGCGAGGAUAGAAGACGAGGUUGCGCAUUUGGAGGUGUACGUGUACGAGGACGAAGCAGACAACCUCUAUGUUCACCACGAUGUCAUGCUUCCUGCUGUGCCGCUGUGCGUUGAAUGGAUUGGGAUGAAAGUCGGACAACCAGAUGCUGGAGAGGGCGGCAACUUCGCGGCUGUUGGCACGAUGGAUCCGGACAUCGAGCUUUGGGACUUGGACAUCGUGGAUUGCAUGUAUCCGAAUGCUGUGCUGGGCCAAGGUUCGCAGUCACAAGAGGAGGCCCCGAAGAAGAAAAAGAAGAAGAGCAAGAAGGCGAACGAGAACUACCACGUUGAUGCUGUGCUGUCACUGGCGGCGAACAGGAAUCACAGGAACCUGCUUGCAAGUGCUUCGGCGGAUAAGACGGUCAAGCUGUGGGAUCUGAACACUUGCACAGCGGCACACUCGUACGAGCAUCACACAGACAAAGUAUGCGCGCUCGCAUGGCAUCCAACACAAUCGGCGAUCCUCCUGUCUGGGUCAUACGAUCGAACGAUCGUAGCAGCAGACAUGCGAGUCAAAGACGGCAAAGUUCCCCGCUGGGGUGUUGAAAGCGACGUCGAGCAGAUCAAGUGGGAUCCUCACAACGAGAACAACUUCUACGUCAGCACAGAAUCCGGUGUCCUACAUUGCUUCGACGCUCGACAACAACCCUCCACACCCGAAAAGAGCAAACCGCUCUGGCGUCUUCAAGCUCACGAGAGCGAGCUCUCAACUUUCUCUCUCAACCCCGCCGUCCCAGGCUUCAUCGCCACGGGAUCAACAGACAAGACAGUCAAGUUGUGGAACAUCACAGAAGAAUCAGGACCAAGCAUGGUCACCUCUCGAGACCUCGAAGUUGGCAAAGUCUUCUCUGCGAACUUUGCUCCGGACAAGGAGAUCGCAUUCAGAUUGGCUGUGGCGGGAAGCAAAGGCGCUGUACAGAUCUGGGACACGAGUACGAACAAGGCCGUCCGAGAAGCUUUUGCUACGAGGGUCAAGAUGCCCGAGGGAGAUGUCAAGGAGAGACUUGUAGGGAUUGAGCGCGAUGAUGAGGUCGAGGAAGAAGAGGCGGAGGCGGAGGAAAAUGGAGGUGAGGGUGGUUGGGAGUCGAUGGAUGAAGAUUAGAAGGUUGCAGGAGAGGCUGUCGCAUGCAUCGAUCACUGUGCGGUCUGGAAUACAGACAUGACAAACUCGCUUCUGUCAGCUCCCGUCAUUGGGGGAAAGGCGACGGCGAUGUUGCCAGAACCAAUCAUCUGAGCGCACUUUGCCGGAUGGCGACCACACUGGGGAACAGACGAGAAGGAGAGCGAGAAGUUUGAGCAGAGCCUGGCCAAGCGGCCGCUGGAUGGAAUCCAUUCAGGCUACAGAGAACAAUAUCGAAGGCAAGCCGAUGUCGAUGUCUCGCUGCAGCGUGAUAUGUCCGCAACGAUAUUAUGCCGUCUGGCAGACAUUGCCGCCAAGAUAACGAGAUAUCGCUGUAGCCCAGAGUCACUGGCCUCGCAUGGCUUAUUUGGUUCACUGUCACAACCUGGGGGCCAGGCCAUUCCACUUCUUCGAUAGCACGGAGUUACGAGCAGAAUCAGAGGAUUAUUCCUGCACAAUCAAACCGCAUAGAAAUGUUGCAUUGUCGCAUGAUCAUCGCCAGCUUUGAAACUGGGUUGCAUAUAUGCUAUUGCACUAUCACCUUUUGAAGAUCCGGA